CAAAAUGUUUUCUUAAAUUUGAGUAGUAAAUCUUUGUUAAAUCUAAAUUUACAACUUUAUAAUCAAAUUGUUCAUACCAAAGUUUGAAGACUUAAUUAUAAUAAAGCUAGAAGUGUAAAGAUUAAGGACAUUUGGGGUGAUUGAGAAUGAUAAAUACUGAAAUAAUAGUAUUGACUAUAAAUAGCUACAUAAUAUUUACUGCUUAGAGAUGCAAAAUAGUAUUUAAAAGGUGGUUCCUCAGGUAGUCCUUACCCCCAAAGAUCUUCUCAAUUGUUAUAACUUGAAGCUGAGAGGCUAAUUUAUUACUUCAUAAAAGUUUAGGGAACUAUCCAAAAGAUUUAAGUUGAAUAGUUUGAUUAGAAAUAGAAAAAUCCGGUUGUGGUGGCACACUACACCUUACAUUCAGGGUCCAUGUGAUCUUAUUUCGCUCAGUUAAUUGACUCUCUCCCUUUUAAUCAUUGCCUGUAAUAUGCCUACUUAAACGCUUCCAAAUCCUACUUCCAUUUCACAAUCAAACACACACGCACAAUGGCAAAGUCCUUACUCCUCAUUUUCCUCUCCCUCUUGAUCACUGCAUCAGCUUCAGACUGGAGCAUUCUGUCGCAGAGGUCCAAAACUGGCCUCAAAAUUAGCCUAAAAAACUACUGCGAAAGCUGGAGAUUGAACGUCGAGCUUCACAACAUCCGAUUCUUCAAGGUGGUGCCUGAAGAAUGCGUUAGCUACAUAGGCAAAUACGUUACUUCCACUCAAUACAAAGUCGAUUCCGAGAGGACGAUCGAAGAGUGCAUUGUGUAUCUUUCCAAGGGCUGUGAUCUUAAAGGCGAUGGCACUGAUGCUUGGAUUUUUGAUAUAGAUGAUACCCUCAUCUCCACUGUUCCUUAUUACAAGAAAAAACAAUAUGGGGGUGAGAAAUUGAACCUGACGGAUUUGGAGAUAUGGAUGAGCAAGGCCAAUGCACCAAUUUUGGGGCACACAUUGAGGCUAUUCAAUUUGUUGAAAGCAAGGGGAGUGGACAUCAUUUUGAUAUCAGCAAGAAGGGAAGGUUUGAGAUCAGCCACCAUUGAGAAUCUUGUUCAAGUGGGUUACCAUGGAUGGACCAAUCUCAUCUUAAGGAGCCCUGAAGAUGAGAAGAAGGGAGUGGAGCAAUACAAGGCAGAUGUAAGAAGGAGAUUGGUGAAUGGAGGGUAUAAAAUUUGGGGGAUUGUGGGAGAUCAAUAUAGCAGUAUUCAAGGAAGUCCAAGUGGAAGAAGGACAUUUAAGCUUCCAAAUCCAAUGUAUUAUGUAUAUUGAGCAAUGGAAUUUUGACUUGCUUUUGGUUUUCUAAACCUUUUCUUUUUCACUCUCCAUGAAUCAUGGAAGGGAAGGAUUGUAGUUUUUGAUCAACACACAGAGAGAUGGAGGGAUCAGAGAGAGAUGUGAUUGAUGUGAUGAAUAAGGUCUGCUGUAUUUUGUUUUGAUAUUGUUUGCUUUUAAACCAUGUUGAAUCUUUUGCUGUGAAGAUUUGAAUGAGAGAACUCCUUAAUGAAGAAUGAAGAAUGAAGAAUCUACCCAA